AUGACCGAACUGGAAGCCUACGUGCCCAUGAUUGAUGCGAUUUUAAGCGUUUCCAACCCCGAUGAAAUAAGCGCCAAAAGGAUACGCAAAGCCAUUCAGGAGUUGUUUGCCGUUGAAUUAGAGUCUCAACGCAAGAAAGUCAAUGCCCUAAUUAUAGAAAGGUUUAACGAGCUCCAAGACUCGAGAUCCAAGAUAACUCCGGAAGAACUGGUUGAAAAAGAUGCUGCCAUAGCCCGCAAACUCUCUAAGAAGAUAAAUGGGACUGAAAAAAGGUCCAAAAAAGGAUCCAAAGAUGCUAAACCGAAGAAGAAGCGCAAGGUCAGCGAGUCUGGUAACGCUUUGAGCCAGAAUAAGAUGCUUCUCAGUCCUGAGCUGCAGGAAUUGGUCAAAGAACCAGAGAUGGCCCGAACGCAGGUUGUUAAGAAAGUGUGGGAACACAUACGAGAGCACAACUUACAAAACCCUUCUGAUCGCAGAGAAAUACUCUGCGAUGAGACGAUGAAACCAAUUUUUGGCGAGAAAACUACCAUGUUCGCACUCAAUAAGUGCUUGUCGAAGCACAUCUUCAAUGCGAAAGACGUUGUAGAACAGAAAGACAGCACAGGUUCCAUCGAAAGCUCUUCCGAUCGAAAGAGAUCCAAAAUAUCGUCUCAUUCGGGCGAAACUGAUACAGGAAGUGACUGA